CCGUCAACACAGAGUGGGCGCUUGUGGGUAUACACACCCUGAUGCGCGGGAUCUGAGCCUGAAGAUUCCGAGUUCCGUUACGAGCGUGUCGCGAUUUUUACCGCCUCGGCCGAGUUCACCGCUUCCGCGAGCAGCGACCCCGCGGCGUGCCUCCCCCAGGUAGAGGGCGAGCGGGGCCCUGUGCGCCGCUGCCGCCGCCGCCACCGCCGCCGCCGCCGCCGCCGCCACCACCACCGCACACACGAACACGCGCCUCAGAAUGCCGGUCCUCUCCGUGAUGAGAUUGUUUUUGUACACGGGGUGGUAGAGGCUGCGAACACAGAAGAUCCGUCUACUCUCGCCCCGCAGCCGCGAGAACGCUCGCCACGUUCUUCGAUCUCCAAUGGAAAACGGCGCGGCGGCAUCGACGUGGUUGCGCAUUGUGGUCCGAAUUCACAGUCGUCGUAGUGCCCGCGACCGAUCCCGAGUGCUGGCGAGGCCGAUGCAAACGCGGUACCGACGGUGGUCCGCGCAUCGUUAAGGAUGCGUCCAGCGACGAGACAACGACGAUAAUACACGUAACAUAUGAUCCCAAUGUAUCCUCACCAUCGGGAAGCGGCGAAGUAAAUAUUGGACGGAAUCGCGGGAGAAACAGUGAGUACCACCCUGGCGUUCUAUUUUCCUCGUUGCGAGUGACACUGUCGUGCGCACGGAGAGAAGGGAAGGGUGAUUUACGAUACAGAAGAGAGGAGUAAGGAGAGUGUUGGGCCAUAUGCCGCCAGCCGGGCUUUCGGCGAGAGGCUUGUCUACCUUGAUGGACCACGGACAACCGGAUGCUCGUCAUCGGAGCGAGCGUUUCCUACUCUACUCAGAGAAUGGCUCCUCACAUCCUCAUAGUCCUAACACGGCCAAUUCAUCGCCACGGUAUCAGUACAACAGCAGAACCAAUAGUCAUACUGCUAGUUACGGGUCCAUAUAUGGACGUACAUCUAGCAACAAUAUGUCGGAUAGCAGCGUUUCUGACACGCAUAGCGGCGGAACUGCGAGAACUGUCUCUCAACAGACUAGUCCAUCCCACGGCACACAUUCCUCUUCUCAGUCGCGCCAAGAUAACAGCAUCACCAUCUUCACAGCCCUCUUCGAUUACGUCGCUCAGGGUGAAGAUGAGUUAUCCUUGCAAAGAGGGGAAACUGUUGAGGUUUUAUCCAAAGACGCCAAAAUCUCGGGUGACGAGGGAUGGUGGACUGGAAAAAUUCGUGGAAAAGUGGGAAUUUUUCCAGCGAAUUUUGUUGCAGAGGCAGAGAGUAUCGACCGAGUUUCGUCGGUGAUCGAUAAGGUACAGCCAAUUGAGAUCGACUUCGAGGAGUUACAACUGGAAGAAGUCAUAGGAGUUGGAGGAUUUGGAAAAGUGUACAGAGGUUUUUGGAAAAAACACGAGGUAGCUGUAAAGGCGGCGCGCCAAGACGCGGGCGAAGAACCUAGUGCAACAUUAGAAAAUGUACGACAAGAAGCAAAACUGUUUUGGUUGUUAAAACAUGAAAAUAUUGUGCAAUUAGAGGGAGUGUGUCUAAAGAUGCCCAAUAUGUGUCUUGUGAUGGAAUACGCUCGCGGCGGUAGUCUUAACAGAGUUCUCAGCGGCAGGAAAAUAAGGCCUGAUGUGUUAGUUGAUUGGGCGAUACAGAUCGCAAGGGGAAUGGAUUAUCUUCAUAACAAGGCUCCCAUAAGUCUUAUUCACAGGGAUCUAAAGAGUUCUAACGUAUUGUUGAGCGAGCCGAUUGAAAAUGACGACUUCCAAUACAAAACUCUGAAGAUCACCGACUUCGGUUUGGCGAGGGAGGUCUAUAAAACGACUCGUAUGUCUGCGGCGGGCACGUACGCUUGGAUGGCGCCGGAAGUUAUUAAAAAAAGUACUUUUAGCAAAGCCAGUGAUGUAUGGAGUUAUGGCGUGCUACUGUGGGAACUAUUAACUGGGGAAACACCGUAUAAGGGUAUCGAUGCUUUGGCCGUAGCGUACGGUGUUGCCGUCAAUAAGUUGACUCUACCUAUCCCAUCCACCUGUCCUCAACCAUGGAGUCUUCUCAUGGAAGCAUGCUGGGCAUCGGAUAGUCACGCUCGACCGGGAUUCACGGAUAUUUUAAUAGCUUUGGACGAGGUGCGUAACGCAUUCGCAGCAACGCCACACGAAUCCUUUCACACCAUGCAGGAAGAUUGGCGGCAGGAGAUCGAACAAGUUCUGCAUGGAUUGCGCAUGAAGGAAAAGGCAUGCCGUUCUUUAGAAGAGGAGCUGCGCUGUAGAGAAGAGGAAUUGACGAAGGCACAAGUGCAACAGAGACAGCACGAGGAAAAUUUGAGGCAGCGGGAACAGGAAUUAGCCGCGCGCGAAAUAGCUAUCUUAGAGCGGGAGCUUACUGUGAUGAUCAUUCAACAGCAAAACACGCCUACGCCGAAUAAAAGACGUGGCAAAUUUAAGAAGUCACGAUUAAAAUUAAAUAAGAAGGAACCUGGGAGCAACAUUAGCGCUCCUUCGGAUUUUCGUCAUACGAUCACCGUUCAGGAUACGGCCUUAGCCGCAGGCAAAGUGAGGAACCCGUCGAGACCGAACAGUCCGCCAGGGUCACCCAGCAUUCCGAGGCUCAGAGCGAUCGCAUUACCAGCGGACGGAGUUAAGGGUAAGACUUGGGGACCGUCGACGCUUCAUCAACGUGAGCGCGGGGCUAUUAUCACUCAGCCGCCGAACCCCGCCUCCCCUGGCGGCAAACGCUGGUCCCGUUCCGCGCCAGAUCUUGAAAAGACACCUCUGCGUACAGCCCUGUUGGCGAGCGCGCACCGCUCCCCGCUUCUGCAGGAAAUAGGCCUCUCUGAGGAAAGCAUCUACCACACCCAUUAUACAGCAUUACCACCUGAUCUGUCGGCCGAUAAUUGGAUAACGUCGGAAUAUCCGCUGAAGCCCGGGCUAACCGGGCCUUACAUCAUGCCGAUGCCCGUGCCCAUGCCCACCCUCUACAACGGUGAAGCGAAAAAACCAAAGCUAAGCAUAGUCGAGCUGGUCCUGUACAACAUUGCGGCGAUGCUGGCCGGUGUAGCCACCGGCUACGACGUAAGAAUGUCGAACAUAUCCCCGAUACAUCCGCGCCUGUAUCCGAGGCUGAACGAGUGCGACGAGGAUCAGCCGAGAUGGUGGUUUCAAGCGGACACCGGGUCGAAUCGUAACUCCUACCUCGGCGCUGAUUAUGAAUUCAGCUCGAGCAGCGGCUAUCCGCACAACACUUAUCACGGACGGGCACACCAUUACAGGCCGUUCCUGAGUAACAUGGGUGGCAUAGCGCCUGGCCUUCCAGCCGCGGCGAUGCCGGAUAAGCCGUUGCGCUUCACGGACUCCCCGCAGCACUAUACGAACACUACAACGGGCUCGAAUGCCCCGACACCGAGCCCAAGGAGGAAGAGCAGCAGUACCAGCAACGAGGACGCGUACUCGCACGACGGGGCCCGCGUCGAUCGUAUGGAGAGGGUGCCGACGAUAUACAUGGGUAACGUCGCCCCGUUUCCGGAUUAUGGGCCGCCAUUGUACACUGUCGUACCUCCAGAAUACUAUCGGUCCACCGAACCACCGUACUUCAUACCUGCGGAGUAUCACGACCGAAUGCUCGAGUGUCCCGAGUUCCCGCACGCGUACGACAAUCCGAGCAGUAUGAGUAGCCCAGCCAGGCCGGUGUCCAGGCUUCUACCCUAUACGCACCACCGCACCUCCUCUAACGCUAGCACGUCGAGCCAGAGCAACGUCAAUCCCACAUUCCUGGAAGAUGAGGACGACUACGGCGUAUACUCGCCGAUACCGUAUUACCAGCGACCCUCGAACGUUAUUUCCAACUUGGCAACGACAUACGGCGCGAAUAUACUCAAUCAUGAGUACGGCUCGCCGUUGCUAACUCGCCAGAACUCCCACGAUUCCAACUCGAACUCCGGCGAGCGGCCGAGCAAUCUAGAGGUGGUCACGCGGCUACGUUCGAGUCUGAAACGAUCCAGUUACAAUCCGUACAACUCACCGAGUAAGAGCGUGAGCAAAAACAACUCUGGCUCAGGCACACCGACGAAUCCGACGCCACCGGACUCGCUCACGUCCGAAGAUUCGAGUUACGUCUCCGCCAAGGACAGCCAGAUCUCCAUCAGCCGAGUGCGUUUCUCGCCGGUGACGUUCGAUCGCGACGGCAUGUCGGCACGCGAUACCCAGAGAGAAACAUUGCUGGACAUUCCGGUUCAUGGUCAGAACCAGGACGUCACGGUGCCCCUGCAGGCCAAUCGGCGACUUAAUCGGAACAGGAAGCCGAGCAUCUCGGAGCUCGAGAGAGAGUUCUUGUCAUAGCACUGGCUUAUUUAAGGUCACGCGGCUCUCUCUCGUGUAGAACCGAUUAGACCGAGCGGGUUCGUUGAUAUUUUAUCUAUUUAUCAAUAUUUCUAGCGAACGGUAGUCCUAAGACAGAUCUCUUUACGCCUCCGGUUACAUAAUCGCGAUUACGAAACCUUGCGAUCGUCGACCGGAAGAAGAAUUUGCAAAACGAAUUGCACGUUAUCGAAGCACUGCCUUUCGCGGAAGAUUCUCAAUAGUAACAGUACAUUAACACACUGGGAAUCAACAUUCCAUAUAAUACAUAUACAAUCCAGCGAAAUUUACGUAAUGUAGCGUAAUACAUGAUUGAGUGAAUUUUUAAUUUGAUAACGUAAUGAUAUUUGAUAUACGCGCCGCGUGUAGAAACACGUAUGUAUAUCACGAAGAUUGCGACGCGACGUGGUAUAUAUUUAAAUUGCAUAUUACUACGAGAGCAAACACUUUUGUGCAGAAUACAAAGUAUAUUACAGCUUCAACUGUUAACGAUAAAAUCUUCGAAUUUAAAAUAGAAUGGAUUUUCUCUCUGGCAGUCAUCACAAAAUUCGUAGAAUAACAAUUAACGUAGUAAUGGAGUAUCAUGUACAUCAAUUAUCUUCUAUCAAUAAUUUGUAUAUAGAAUGAGAUAAAAUUGCCAUCUAACAUCUUUGGUGGGGAAUUUUAUAUUUAAAGAUUUUAUUAAAAUUUAAUUAAUGGAAUUAAUUCCAUUAAAUUAAUUUAAAGAUCAAAAGUUUCAGAUCUCAAAAACGAUUUGAAAAGCAAAAAUUAUUAUAUCAUAGAAUGAUCUUUUGUAUAUCAUGCAACUUUUUUUGGGUAAAUCUUUCUGUUAAGAUUUUUGAGAUACUAAAGAUAAUAAUUGCCUGAAUAUGUAACAACAUCGUUGAUUAACAAGCAUGCCAUCACUCGAAACUAUGCAAUUUGACAUUCUUUGUGGUUUAUCAAGACAUUCCAGAAACGUUAUCGCAUUUAUAUUAUAUAAUCAGCAUCUCAAUGACACACGUGUAUUUAAAGCGCGACGAGGAGAGCGAUAGUCGAGCUCACGGUACAAAAAAUUUAUCGAGAUGUGUAUACACGUAAUAUGCAAUUCCAUUACACUAAGUAAGAUUAAAGAAGGGAGCGAAGAGAAGCAUUUUUCUUCGGCAACUAACGCAUUCACGGCGUAUUCGCUUUCGAUAUUUAAUAUCAACGUAUAUCAGCGUGACGAAAAGAAAUUGUUUUUCUCGCAUUUAAUACGAAGUUAUGUUGGUGCGUUACGUUCCUCGUGACAAAACUUUGGUGAUAUUUGGUUCGGCGUAAUAUAAAACAUUCCAGAGAGAUUUGUUGGAACGUAAGGACUGUUCUCACGGAUACGGAAUUAACAUUUCGUAUGUCGGAUUUCGAAUUGAUGCAAGUUUAGAUAUUCGCGCUUUUUGAUAUUCGAAGAAUCCAAAGUUACUUCUCUCAGAGAUUUGUGAUAAAUAAAACUGCAAACGAAGCGAAUGUCAAUUCCGUAUUGUUUAAACUGGUCCAGUUAGGACGAGGUUUUCUUUGCCGUAUGUUUAAAUAGCAUGUACUGGUGGUUUUACCUUAAUUUUCCUACUAGAAAGUACCGGCAGCAGUCUCUCGCGAAAAAUUGUAUAAAUUUUUGUGUGCUCUGUGCAACUUGAACGAGAGCAAUUCGCGUUAAUUAUAAAUACGUAACGGCAGCUCGAGUAUAUUGUAUAUUAAUAGAGAAACGUACGGUUGUUUUAGACGAAUUAUUAAUCGAUUCGAGCUGAAGAACAAUCACUAUUUAUAAACUAAUUUUAUGUACUUUACAAGAUACGGACAACUACGAAGUAUUAGUUGUAGAAUUAUGUACUUAGCCGAGCUCUUUUCCCGCGAUUAUGUAUUAGUCUACAGUAUUUCCGACAUAAUCUCUCUCCUUCUUUAUCGCAAUCAGUGUAACUAGUCAUUGUAAUUGUAUUUCAAGUUGUACCAUUGUGAUAGCGAUACGAUUCCAUUUUCCUUCGUCUUGUGUGAUGUGCUAAAUUUAGAGAAGACUCUCUAUCGCGUAAAUGUACUCACUUUUUCAGCACUCUGUUUCCAGAGAUUUCUCUGUAACUUCGGACAUUCAUGUACUGAAAAGAAGGAAAACGUUGCUGUGCCGCUAUUAAAAUAGUGCCUCUGCUCAAUGAUACGUUCAUCGCGUCGUUCUGUUGCAAUGCACAAUUAGAGAUGUACACGAUUAAAUACAUCCACCCAAGAUACUUCCACCUCUCGAUUACGCCAAUCGACGAAAGCGUGUCGACCGACAAGUACGCUUACAAAAAUAUGGAGGGCAUGUACAGAGUUAGGAUUUUCGACGUUUAAACGUGAAUUGUAUGUAUCGUAGCGCGACGGACGUGAUUAAAUAGUCGCACCUUGCGCAGCUGCCACGCUUCUUUUGUACCUAAUGAAAACAGCGCGCCGCUUCGCGAGCAAUUCGCGCGCGUCUGUAGAAAGUAUCUAAAGCGUGAGUCGCGUGCAAGUAUAAUUACACAACAUAUGCAGCUGUGCGAAACGCGGCCGGUGCAUUCGCUGCAGGAUCGUUGUAGAACGAAGAUCCUCCUGCGAUCCUAUAACAAUGUACAUAUAGAAGAAGAAAAAAAAGUAAGCACUGAAUCAUUAUUACUGUUUAAAUAGCGACUACUCACACAUUCCUUAUGCAAUUGAUAUGCUGUGCUGUACAAUAUCCACGACGCUUCUCCGAAAGAUAUUGACGACGAAGGCCGGGUCUGCUUCGUGGAUAUCUUUGCACCGCAUUCCACCAAUAAUGAACAUAAGCAUUUCAAUUCGGCAGUACGGGAUACCUAAUCGAGCGUGUCGAGGGGAAGAGCGCGGGUUUCCGCUAUCUUCCUUCCGAUUGAUAUAAUAUAAAAGAUAUUAGGAAACGUUUGUACCCCGUGCUGCGUGCUCUAUGUGCCCUGAAUGUACAUAUGAAUCGCUGAGUAAUGAAUUAGAACGCGACACACGUGACCUUAAUUUAUUACGAGACGAUAGGGAACGCCUCGAAUUUAGUUUGAAUGUGAACUAAUCAAAGUUACUUACACUGUCUUUACGCCGCAAUUCGAAGCAAUCAAAACUUAUCUUGUUUGUACCGUGUCAAUCUCACGUAGCGUAUAACGGAGCCACGGAUCCUUUUUAACUUCUUCGUCGUAAAAGCCGCUUCUCGUUUACACUGUUUUCCCGAAUGACGGUCAUCAGUAUUGUAGAUGUAUGCUGUGCGAUAUACAUGAAAUGUGUUGGAGGAAAGAGAAUUUCUUUAACAGUUUUGUUGCGAACGUGUCGUUUGACUGCAAAAAAAAAGAAUGAAAAAAAUUCAUUAGCAAUAAAAUUCUUCUAAGAAAUAAUUUUGCGCGUACGAUAGAAAUACACAAAUCUUUCUUAAAUAAAAAAAAGCUUUAUCGAAUUGACGUUUACGCAAUGAUAAAAUUUGUAAUAUUAACUUUACGUAUUUAUAAUAAUUUUAUCGAAUUAUAACAGCCUCGUUUUUCUAUUAUAACAAUUAUCUCUUUCUUGCAACACAUUUUAUGAAUAUAUCUUUCUACGCUAUGCGAAGGUAUUUCUGCGGUGCUAAUAUCAUGUACUUAAAUACGUUAAAUAAGUGACACAUAGAAAUACAAAAUGCUUCCAAUGUGAGAGAGAGAGAGAGAGUGAGAAAGAGAGAGUGGGAAUGAAAGAAAGAAUGAGAAGAUGUUGUGAAGGUGAAAUGUGAAUGCUGAUAUUUGAAAAUAAUUGUUCAUAUAUAAAUAUAUAUAUAUAUAUAUAUAUAUAUAUAUAUAUAUAUAUAUGAUUUUUAAUUAUACAAGAAUAUGAAAUGUUUGCGGCAGCUAUUAUUGUGUAAUGGCGUAUUCGUCGCCAACAGUGCUAGUCUAAGCUAUAUUUAUUUUUUAUAUAUAUAACAAACACACCUUAGCAUAGAGAUUAAGGAGAUAAGAAUCCGAUUUUAUACUUUAUUAGAGAGCAUUUACGGAAUAUGUUUGACUCGUUGGGCAGUACGUGUAUAAGAAACGUGUGUUCAGAAUAAUAAUUCUAUAUAUAUACAUAUAUAUUAAGAUAAAUUACGUUGUAUCAUAUCAAACGCAACUGAGGUCUCUUUAUAUAUGUGUAUAUAUCAGUUUAUAAGUAUAUUUCACUGUAAAGAAAACUCAAUAAAUUUAUCAUGUAUCGUUCGUAUGACAUAUAUUAAUAACAUGUACCAAUGACAGUAAUUUAUUAUUUCUUUUAUAGAGAUAUCUUUUCUCGAUAUACAUAACUUUAGUUUAGAUGAGUUCAGACUUAAAAUUAUAUAAGAGAAAUAAAUCAUCUUCCUUUAAACAAUGCUUUCAAUAUUAAAUAUUCAAUAUAUAAUAUUGAAUAUUUUUUAUUUUUUUCAUUCACCUUCUCUCUGCCAUUUGUUAUAUUAUAUGACACGCACUUUGAUACAAGAUAAAUUUAUGAAAUUUAUGAAUUAUGCGAGGGAUGGGGGGGGGCACACGAAUAUAGAUUACAAACAUAAUGUGAGAUUCUCUCAGACACCUGUUUUUACGUAAUAUACAAUAUGCAACUCACGUUUACAACGUAGUCCUCACUAGUUUAGUUAGACCUAACGAGUGGACAUCACCGGUCAAGGCAC